AUGACUGCAGUGGCUCAUGUCCUAACUGUGCAAACAACGUUUGUCAUAGAACCACUGGUACCUGUUUGGACCCCAUCUGUGACAGCGGCUUUUUCGGAGAGACCUGUAACCAGUCCUGCCCUGCUUACUGCGGUUUGGAUCCAAAUGGCCUCGCUUACUGUGACUUCACUUCCGGAGAUUGCACCCACUGGAAAUUGCCUGUACGCUUGUGAGCCUGGCUUCUACACGCCGACAUGCGGCGCGGUCUGUCGGUCAACAUGUGUCGACAGAACAUGCGACAUCAACUCUGGAACGUGUGCGGAAUGUGAUAAGGGCAUAAACGCGGGUGUCAUGUGUCCAACCGGAACGUGCAAUGUUGGUAAAUUUGGGACAUUCUGUAGCGAAGACUGUCCCGGCGGCGUUCAAUGUAGGAAUCUAACCUGCAACCGCUACACCAGCACCUGCAUUGGGUGCGUUGUGUUCAGAUGGGGCGACAUCUGUAACCGCACGUGCCCCAACUGCGUAAACGGACUGUGUGAACAGAGUACCGGAUUCUGUCAGCUAGGAUGCGUCAAUGGUUACUAUGGCGACAAUUGUAACUACAGAUGUGGCGACCGAUGUACGGCGUGUAACCGAGUGAAUGGGACCUGCGAGGUUUGCAACGUUAGUACAUUCGGUGACACGUGUCAGCGUAACUGUAGCGGCAACUGUGUUUCUGACCCUGGGCAGAGUUUCAUCACGUGCGCGAAAGAGAACGGUGACUGCACGAGCGGCGUGUGUAAGCCCGGGUUCUUUUCCCCACACUGUGCCCUAACAUGCAGUCCAACAUGUGCGGAGAGAGGCCCCGACGUGCAAGUGUGUAAAAUAGACACCGGGGACUGCCUGCAUGGAUGUGACGACGGAUUCUAUAAUCCCACGUGCGCGCAUCCGUGCAGUAAUACGUGCAGGAAUAAACGAUGCGUGAACGCCGGGAACAACUGCGUGGAUGGGUGUGUCGCUGAAUACUACAACUUUCCGACCUGUGACACGCCUUGUAAUUCAAAUUGUGUCAACUCCACGUGCGAUGACAUAGGUGGCGCCUGUAGUUACGGAUGUCGCGUCGGUUACUAUGGAAACCAAUGCCAGUUGACGUGUCUCUUGAACAACACGUGCGUUAACAACACGUGCGACAGAACGCUUGGGUAUUGCAGAGAAUGCGACCUCCCUAAACCCGGAUUCCAGUGCAGAGAGGCUGACUACGAGAAUGCAGCGGCUAGGGUUGACCAUGUGAUGUCGGUUUCUAUGGUAACUUCUGUGCCAUGCCCUGCCCAGGGGGUAGCAACUGCUCAGGAAGCACAUGUGAGCGAUACACGGCGAGGUGCAAAGGGUGUAUCAGCGGCCGUUAUGGCGACCACUGUGAGAGAACAUGCUCCAACUUUGCUAGUGGCGUCUGUGAUCAAACUUUCGGUGUUUGCCAAGGCGCAUGCGUGGACGGCUAUUUCGGGGAAAAGUGUGACACCCGUUGCGGCAAUCGAUGCACGCGCUGUGCGCAGUUUACUGGAGCGUGUCUGGUUUGCAAUGUCGGAGCUCACGGAACUUCUUGUGAAUUCAAUUGCAGUAACCAGUGCCUCCCGUUGUCGUCAGCGACCCACGUGUACCUCGUCAUGCAGUUCGAAUUGUAAGGAUGACGUCUGCGAACUUCAGAGCGGAAACUGCACAAACGGUUGCAACGUCGGCUGGUUUGGAAGGUUCUGUGACGGUACAUGUAGCGCAAACUGCGUGAAUCGGAACUGCCUAGGUUCUGCUGAUAGCUGCCUGGAGGGAUGCGUGCCCGAAAUGUAUGGUCCCCAGUGCAACAUUCCGUGCAAUUCUAACUGUUCGACAGGCGUCUGUAAUAUCACCGGAUACUGCACCCGCGGAUGUCUUCCCGGGUGGUACGGCGACAUGUGCGACCGGAUGUGCAACGCCACGUGCACGGAUGGGCGGUGUAGCAGGACGCUGGGGCUUGUCCCGCCGGACUGA